AUGACGGCCGUCAGCGCCGAGGAAGGUGUGGCCGACCUGAAGCUCGCUGGAGACUCCGGGUCGGUCGCCAAACAGAACGGCUCCAAAGCAAACGCAGCAAACGGCGAUUUAGAAGGCGGCGACUCGGACGACGACGAGGCCGACGAGGGCGAAGAGCAGCAGCAGGGCGGCGCGGGAGACGGGGCGGCCAAGAAAAAGAAGAAGAGAAAGCCGAGAAAGAAGAAGAAGGCCGGCACAGGCGCAGCUGGCGGAGGCGCAAAAGCCCAGACCUCUCCUCCCACCAGGAAAGUCGCAGAUCUGUUCCCAGACAACUCGUACCCCGUGGGUGAGGAGGUGGAAUACAAGAACGACAAUGCUUUCCGAACGACGAACGAGGAGAAGCGCCAUCUGGAUCGCAUGAAUCAGGACUUCUUGACCGAUUACCGCCAGGCGGCCGAGGUGCACCGAGAAGUGCGGAAGUAUGCGCAAAAGAUGAUCAAGCCCGGCAUGAGCCUGACGGAGAUUGCUGAGGGGAUUGAGAACGGGACAAGGCAUUUGACGGGCCAUAUGGGUCUGGAGGAGGGGGAUAACCUAAUUGCGGGUGUUGCGUUCCCCACUGGGUUGAGCUUGAACCACUGCGCAGCGCACUACACUCCUAAUGCAGGCAAUAAGAUGGUGCUGAAGGAGGAAGAUGUCAUGAAGGUGGAUUUUGGUGUUCACGUCAAUGGUCGUAUCGUCGACAGCGCCUUUACCAUGUCCUUCCAACCCCAGUACGACAACCUGCUGGCUGCGGUAAAGGAUGCAACAAACACCGGUGUGAGAUUAGCCGGUAUCGACGCUCGCCUGGGUGAGAUUGGAGAAGGUAUCCAAGAAGCCAUGGAGUCCUACGAGGUCGAGAUCAAUGGCACGACGUACCCCGUAAAGUCCAUUCGCAACUUGAACGGCCACACCAUCGGACACUACAGCAUCCACGGCGGCUCGGCCGGCAAGUCUGUGCCUAUCGUCAAAGGCGGUAGCAACGAAAAGAUGGAGGAAGGUGAAGUUUACGCCAUCGAAACAUUCGGCAGCACAGGCAAAGGUAUCGUGCGCGACGACAUGGAGACAUCUCACUACGCCAAGGUCGCCGACGCACCAAAGGUCGCCUUGCGGGUUGCCUCGGCAAAGACGCUCCUCCGCAGCAUCGACAAGAACUUUGGCACACUUCCAUUUUGCAGACGGUACUUGGACCGACUCGGUCACGAGAAGUACCUGCUGGGAUUGAACAACCUUGUUCAGAGCGGCAUCGUGCAGGAUUACCCACCUUUGGUCGAUGUCAAGGGAAGCUAUACGGCUCAAUACGAGCACACCAUUCUCCUCCGCCCUACCGUAAAGGAGGUGGUAAGUCACGGCGACGACUAUUGA